GAGCAAAAGUGCAAUUUGAAAAUGGGGCAGUAUGCACCAGUCUGGGAUCAUACAGCAGCAAUUGAGGUAACAAAAGAUUGGAAUGGGAUUGAUCAGGUUUUGCUUCGUAACUCUCAGGGUGCCUCUUUACGGGUUAGCUUGCAAGGAGGACAAGUUACUUCUUGGCGGAAUGACAGAGGGGAAGAGCUCCUAUUCAACAGCAGUAAGAGCAUCUUCAAGUCUCCAAAAGCUACACGAGGAGGAAUUUCUGUUUGCUUUCCACAGUAUGGAAAUGGCGGUUCACUUGAACAACUUGGAUUUGCAAGAAACAAAAUCUGGACCAUUGAGGACGACCCUCCAUCUCUAUACUCAUAUGACCCACAAGGAAAAUCUUUCAUUGACUUACUGCUGAAACCUUCAGAAGAUGAUCUGAAGUUCUGGCCUCACGGUUUUGAGUUUCGCCUUCGGGUUUCGCUGGCAUCAGACGGAAGCUUGUCCUUGAUAUCUCGUGUUAGAAACAUCAAUGGCAAACAAUUCAGCUUCUCGUUUGCUUAUCAUACAUACUUCUCUGUUUCAGACAUAAGUGAAAUAAGGAUUGAAGGUUUAGAAACACUGGACUAUCUAGACAAUCUGUGCCAGAAAGAACGCUUUACAGAACAAGGAGAUGCUAUAACUUUUGAAUCUGAGAUCGACAGAGUCUAUGUUAGUUCUCCAAAUCGUAUUGCUGUUCUUGAUCAUGAAAGGAAACGAACAUAUCUGAUAAGGAAGGAAGGAUUGCCAGAUACUGUGGUAUGGAAUCCAUGGGAGAAGAAAUCCAAAGCAAUGGCGGAUUUUGGUGACGAGGAGUACAAACAGAUGCUUUGUGUUGAUGGGGCAGCAAUAGAGAAACCCAUCACAUUGAAGCCAGGAGAGGAAUGGACUGGUCGUGUAGAGCUUGUGGUCGUGCCAUCAAGUUUUUGUGAUCUUUAAUUCUUCAAAGUCUGGGCAGAAGCAUUUUAGUAAAGGCUCAGAGCUUAAUGAGGGACUGCAAACUCUAUACUAGGUUUAUUUACUUGUUAACGAUGAUGUAAUGAUGUGUUAUACAUUAGAGUCGUUAAACUGCUGUUAUGAACCGCCAAAGCCUAUUGUUUUUUGGAAUGGCUGUUUGGUGUUUUAUCUUUUGAAAGAGAGGUUUUCGCAGAUUCAA